AGAUGGCAGUACAGAGAUUGCAACACAAGCCAAGAAGUGUCAUGCAGCGAAGCUUGUGGUGACUGCAACCUGUGUGGAGGCUGACGUGAUCCUGCUUCCAUUACCACAGCUGUCUCCCUCAAUACCCGCCACUGGAGUCUUUACUGUUCCCUGUGUCCCUUCUACAACGCGGCCACGCCAGGGACAGGAAGCAUUACUAGAUGCGGGGUGUGGCAGUACUAGUGGUGGUGGUGGCCUGCAUGGUGAGUGACUGCAGCGCUUCAUCCAUCAAGACAACUCGCCAGGAAGCAACAUCCAAAACCAGCUAUGGCGCAAAACUUUACACACACACCAACGAUGAAUACAAGAACUCAUUACAGGGCUCAGAAAAUGUGGAGGCUGGUAAAGAGAAUGAAAUAACAGAGGAACAGCCGCCACAGUCCGAUGAAACACAAAAUUCUGCUGCUCUGUUCGGCAUGGGCAGUUCAACCACCACGGAGAGUCCACACAAAUGCACGGCGAAAUAUCCUGAAGGAGGAGCCAUGUACCCAAUAUAUGACAGUUCUUUUCUCAAUCUCUUCGGCAUUACAACCCCCGGAAAUAAUAUCGACACCAUUGACGAAUAUAAGAACACAAACGUGAAAAUAACCGAGAAAACUGACCAACUCAAAACAGACACGGGAAGAAAAUGCAUUGGAGGAAAUAUACAAUGCAAGAUAGACGACACAGAGAAGAAAGGCGGGGAUAAGAUGAAAAUAGUUGUGAAUAAUAUGGGUAGUAAUAACACAUCAAUAGCCAUCACUCAACUUCUACAACGUGUGAAGGAGCUGAGUAAAGAGUGUAACAAGACUCAUCCAUCUUGUAGACUGUGCCAAUCGUGUUUUGAGAGCAAACUGAAAAAUGACCCAGCACUGGAGAAGGUUCUACAAUUACUGAAGGAUGUUUGUGAGAAGACCUGCUGCCGUCCAUCCAUUCCAGACCAACCCGUUCCAGUAUCCCCCCUUGUCUUCCCUCCCAUUCCAAACCAACUUCCUCAGCCCAUUCCAGAACCCAUUCCAGGACAGGAAAUCGAACCAAACAUUCCUGAACAACCCGUUCCAGUAUCCCCGCUCAUCUUCCCCUCCAUUCCAAAACAAGUUCCCCAGCCCAAUCCAGAACCCAUUCCAGGUCAGGAAAUCGAACCAAACAUUCCUGGACAAGCCGUUCCAAGUCAGCCCCUUCCAGCUGGUGUUUAUCCAGCUAUUGUCUUCCUCCCCAUCAUUCCAACUCAAACCCCCGAGAACCCCUCUCCAAGCCAGGUUAACGUUUCCAUUCCAGAGAACACCUACCUACCACCAAACCCCAUUCCAGAUCUUAUUCCAAAUAUUGAUAGUUUAGAACCCACUUCAAAUCUCAACCGACCGUACAUUCCAGAUAUUCCAAACCCUGCACUGCCGUCACCCAUUCAAGAAGUCAGUUACCCACAGCCCCUCACUCCAAGCUCUGCCAACCAAUUACCCAUUCCUGAUCCAGAGAACUUAUUCCCGAUUCCAGAAGUUAGCUACCCACAGCCUCUCACUUCAAGCUCUACCAACCCAUUACCCAUUCCUGAUCCAGAGAACCUAUUCCCAGUUCCAGAUGUCAGUUACCCACAGCCCCUCACUCCAAGCUCUGCCAACCAAUUACCCAUUCCUGAUCUAGAGAACUUAUUCCCAAUUCCAGAAGUCAGCUACCCACAGCCUCUCACUUCAAGCUCUACCAACCCAUUACCCAUUCCUGAUCCAGAGAACCUAUUCCCAGUUCCAGAUGUCAGUUACCCACAGCCCCUCACUUCAAGCUCUACCAACCAAUUACCCAUUCCUAAUCCAGAGAACGUAUGCCCAAUUCCAGAAAGCUUCAACAAAGAACCCUUUCCAGACCAGACUAUCUCUCACAUCAUUCCAGAUCAGGCUUUCUCUCAGACCAAUCAAGAACCUUCAUUCCAACCCAUUUCAGGCCAGACACCGUCAUUCCAAUACAUUCCAGACAAACAAAAUUCCCAGGAUAUUCUAGAACCUGCAUUCCAAUACAUUCCAGGCCAGCAUGAUUCCCAGUCCACUUCAUUCCAAAAUAUUCCAGGUCAAAGUUCCCAGUCCACUUCAUUCCAGUACAUUCCAGGCCAAAGUUCCCAGUCCACUACAUUCCAGUACAUUCCAGGCCAAAAAGAUUCCCAGUCCACUUCAUUCCAGUAUAUUCCAGGCCAAAGUUCCCAGUCCACUUCAUUCCAGUACAUUCCAGGCCAAAAAGAUUCCCAGUCCACUUCAUUCCAGUACAUUCCAGGCCAAAAAGAUUCCCAGUCCACUUCAUUCCAGUACAUUCCAGGUCAAAGUUCCCAGUCCACUUCAUUCCAAAAUGUUCAAGGCCAACAAAAUUCCAAUUCCCAGUCCACUUCAUUCCAGUACAUUCCAAGCCAGACAGAUUCCCAGUCCACUUCAUUCCAAUACAUUCCAGGCAAGACAGAUUCCCAGUCCACUUCAUUCCAAUACAUUCCAGGCCAGACAGAUUCCCAGUCCACUUCAUUCCAAUACAUUCCAGGCCAAAAAUAUUCCCAGUCCAGUUUAUUCCAGUACAUUCCAGGCCGAAAAGAUUCCCAGUCCACUUCAUUCCAAAAUAUUAAAAGCCAACAAGAUUCCAAGUCCAGUUCAUUCCAGUAUAUUCCAGGUCAAAAUUCCCAGUCCACUUCAUUCCAAAAUGUUCAAGGCCAACAAGAUUCCAAGUCCACUUCAUUUCAGUACAUUCCAGGCCAACAAGAUUCCAGUUCCCAGUCCACUUCAUUCCAAUACAUUCCAGGCCAGACAGAUUCCCAGUCCACUUCAUUCCAAUAUAUUCCAGGCCAAAGUUCCCAAUCCACUUCAUUCCAGUACAUUCCAGGCCAGACAGAUUCCCAGUCCACAUCAUUCCAAUACAUUCCAGGCCAGACAGAUUCCCAGUCCACUUCAUUCCAAUACAUUCCAGGCAAGACAGAUUCCCAGUCCACUUCAUUCCAGUACAUUCCAGGUCAAAGUUCCCAGUCCACUUCAUUCCUAAAUGUUCAAGGCCAACAAGAUUCCAAGUCCACUUCAUUCCAAAGCAUUCCAGGCCAGUCAGAUUCCCAGUCCACUUCAUUCCAGUACAUUCCAGGCCAACAAGAUUCCAGUUUACAGUCCACUUCAUUCCAAUACAUUCCAGGUCAACAAGAUUCCCAGUUCACUUCAUCCCAAAAUGUUCAAGGCCAACAAGAUUCCAAGUCCACUUCAUUCCAAAAUAAUCCAGGUCAACAAAAUUCUCACUCCACUUCAUUCCAGUACAUUCCAGGCCAACAAAACUCCCAGUCCAGUCAAAAACUUUCAUUCCAAGACAUUCCAUUUCAAACAGAGUCAUUCCAGUACAUUCCAGGCCAACAAAAUUCCCAGUCCAUUCCAGAACAAACUGAGGAUAUACUAGCAUUACCACCUAACCCAACCUUCUCUAACCAGCCCAUUCCAGAACCAGCAUUCCAAUACAUUCCAAUCAAGGAAAUAUCACAAUUCCCACCUAACCUAACUUCCUCCUACCAACCAAUUCCUGUCCUCUUCUCUGGUGUGUUGAGUCAAUGUGGUAAAAUUGUAAUAGAAGGCAACAAACCGUCCUUUAGCAUUAGAGAGAAGCUGGAAAAGUUCCCUUCGUUUGUUAAAAUUUUCAAGAAGUAUCGCAUGGAGUUGCUCUGUGGUGGCACCCUCAUCCACCCCUCACUGGUGCUGACUGCCGCCCACUGCAUCACCUCCACAGCCAGGCUCAGGGUGCAUCUCGGCGGGUGGGAUGUCACGGGGGUCCUAGCACAGGAGAGAGAUGUGGCAGCCAUAGCAAUCCACCACCAAUACGACAGGGAAACACUGAAGCAUGACAUCGCAUUACUACACCUCAACCGCCCUGCUGUCCUGACCCCCAGUGUAGGGCCUCUGUGUUUGGGGCCAGUCGUCAGGGCUACUAAGUGUCUCUCCGUUAGCCUAGACAACUUAGAAACCAUGGAAACACCGGUGUGGAAGAAAGAACGAUGCUGGAGUAAGCUUAUCAACAUACACGUGAACGGCCAGGUUCUCUACCACUCUUCCUUCCUCUGCACCAAUAGCCUGUUAGCCUCCACCAGCAACACCCCCCCCAGUGCCAUCACACCCUCAAAUAAGAGCAGUGGGUCCCCAUUGCUGUGUCAGGACCCCAGGGACGGCACCUACUGGCAGGCCGGUGUCAUGGCGUUUGAUAUUCCCUCACGCAACACCGCUGUCUUUGUUAGUGUCAUGAAGCAGCAAGAGUGGAUUCUCAACACAGCCCAGCAUCUCCUCACUCCACAAUCUUGGUAGUGUGUUGUGCUGGGGUGUUGGGGAGAGUUUGGCAUCACACUUUGACAUCCUAUUGUGUUAGUAUAGAACCAUCAAAACAAUCUUGGUGGUGUGAUGUGCUGGGGUGUUGGGGAGGGUUUGGCAUCACAUUUUGGCAUCUUAGUGUGUUAGUAUAGAGCCAUCAACACAAUCUUGGUGGUGUGUUGUGCUGAGGUGUUGGAAAGAGUUUGGCAUAACAGCUUAGCAUCUUAAUGUGCUAGUAAAGAACCAUCAACACAAUCUUGGUGGUGUGAUGUGCUGGGGUAUUGGGGAAGGUUUGGCAUCAUAGCUCGGCAUCUUCCUGUCUUACUAAACAACCACCAACACAGCUUAACAUCUUAGUAAGUUGUAUUGGUGUAGGAAAAGGAUCAUCAACAAAGCUUGGAAUCUUAGUGUGUUGUUCUGGUGUGUUAGUAAUAUUGGCAGUACAUCUUAGCAUCUUAGUGUUUUAGUAAGGUAGAGAAUCAUCAAAACAACUUAGAGUAUGGUUAAACAAAUAGUGUGUAAUGAUGCGUUUUGCCUGCAUUUUAGUGAUUUGGCGCAAAAAGAGCCGAAAACAACUAAACACGUUUUUCCUACUUAUAUUUUAAUUUCUCUAUAUUGGCUUGUUUUCAUCAAUUUUAUCGUUUUAAAGCAUAACAAUGUAAAAUGACUUGAAUAUACAAAAUUUUCAAUCAA